AUGUCAUCAAAAUAUGUUCUUCAAAAUAGUGAUGUUGCAGUUAUUGGUAUUGGUUUUAGAGCACCAAGUGGUAGUUUAGCAAAAUCGAUUUCAAAUACAAAUCAACUAUGGGAUAGCUUGGUAAAAGGUUUCGAUGGAGUCGUCGAAACAUCGGAAAGAUGGUCUGAUAACUAUAGUGUCACUGGUGAUAUCGUUUGCAAAUAUGCUGGUCUUAUUCCACUCGAUGAAUGGAAGUCUUUUGAUCCAAUUUUCUUUGGCAUCAAUCCAAGUGAUGAACAUGUCAAUACAAUCGAUCCACAACAAAGAUUACUGUUAAAGUGUACAUGGGAGGCAUUGGAAGAUAGCGGUAUUGACCCAUCCACAUUAAGAGGCUCAAAUACAAGUACAUUUAUUGGUUCAUCGACCACAGAAUACGAUACCACCAAUAAAUCCCCCUUUGAAGUCCAAAAAAAUAUUUUUGGAGGAUCACCUCAUUCAUUAUCAAAUAGAAUAUCAUACUGCUUUGAUUUUCGUGGAGAAUCUAUGACACUUGAUACUGCAUGUAGUUCAUCAUUAAAUGCAAUUCAUCUUGGUUACAAAACUAUCAAAUACGGUCAAUCUGAUGUAUCUAUUGUAGGUGGUGUUAGUUUUAUACUUGACCCAAAUACAUCAAAAUCUUUAACUCAUUUAUCAAUGUUAAGUCCAACUGGAAAGUGUCACACAUUCUCAUCGGAUGCAGAUGGAUAUGUACGUUCAGAAUGUGUUGGUGUUGUUGUAUUGAAGAGUUUCGAACAAGCAGUCAAAGAUUGUAAUAACAUUUAUUGUGUUAUCAACGGAUCAAGUUCAAAUGUAGAUGGUAACUGUGAUAAAUCAAACUUUUAUUCACCAUCAAAAUCAUCGCAAUAUGAAAAUAUUAAAUCUGCAAUCGAAUCUACCAAUGGUCAAAUCAAUGCAUCAGAUAUUGAAUAUGUCGAAUGUCAUGGUACUGGAACACCAACUGGUGAUCCAAUAGAACUAGAAGGUAUUUCUAGAGUAUUCAAAGAUACAACCAAAAAAGUUUUAGUCGGUUCCAUUAAAUCAAAUAUCGGUCAUGGUGAAGCAUCAUCAGGUGUAAUGGCAUUAAUAAAAUGUUGUGUAAUGUAUAAAAACCAAACAUUCGUUCAAAACAUCAACUUUAAAUCACCAAACCCAGCUAUCAAAUUCGAUGAGUGGCGUCUAAAAGUUGUAACUGAACCAACACCAUUCAAUACCAAUAACAAAAAUACUGUUAUGGCUAUUAGUAACUUUGGUGUAACUGGAUCAAAUUGUUGUAUUAUUUUAUCAGAUUACAAUCAAGAUGCUAUUAAAAAUGAAAAUAAUACUAACAAAAAGUAUUUAAUACCAUUUUCAUCCAAUUCAUCAACAUCACUUGACAAAUAUAAAAAAAUUAUUAUGGAUCAAUCAAACUCAUUAGAUUUUAAUGAAUUUGUAAAUAAUCAAAUUAGAUAUAAAUCACCAUCACUCAUUCAAAGAUCAGUUAUUAUUGCAAAUAAUUGGGAAGAGUUUAAAGAUUCAAAGAAUGAAAUCAAAUCAUCCAAUACAAAUGCACUUUCAAAUAUAACAGUUAAUAAAAUUAAUAACCCAUUUACGGUAUUUGUAUUUUGUGGUCAAGGAUCACAAUAUAAUCGAAUGGCAAUAGAACUAUAUGAAAAUGAAAUAAUUUUCAAACAAUGGGUAGAUAAAUUCGAUAGUGAACUAUUCAAAUACUAUGGGUACUCUGUUUUACAAAAACUAAGAUCAAUCGACGAUAAUGAUAUGGAAUCAGUACACGCUCAUACUAUUGCACAGCCAUCAAACAUUAUGAUUCAAGUAUCAUUAUUUGAACUAUAUAAACACUGGGGUAUCAAAUCAGAUUUAAUCGUUGGCCAUUCUCUUGGUGAAAUUUCAGCAUCAUAUUGCUCUGGUAUGAUUGACUUUGAAACCUUAUGUUAUUUAGUAUACCAUAGAUCCAUAGCUCAAAAGAAAACAACUGGUACUGGUAGAAUGUUAUCUGUAAACAUUAGUGCUGAAGAAUUUAUAUCUAAUUAUUCGGCAAAAUACCCAACAGUCAAUAUUGCUUGCUACAACUCACCAUCGUCAAUUGUAGUAUCGGGCAAAGAACAUCUUUUAAAUGAAAUUGUAGAUGAUUUAAAAUCAAAAAAUAUAUUUUGUGUUAUGUUGGGAACAUUAUCAUCACUCCACACAUCAAGUCAAUUAGUUAUUAAAGAUGAAUUAUGUUCAAUGAACAUUAAAUCAAAACAAUCAACAACACCAAUUUUUUCAACAGUCACAACCAACUUAUUUACUCACGAAAAAACACCAUUCAAUUCAGAAUAUGUAUUUGAAAAUGUUUUACAACCUGUUAGAUUCACUGAAACCAUUUCAAACAUAUACAAAUAUAUUGAAGAAAACAACCAUGGUAAUGAAGUAACAUUUAUCGAAGUUUCACCACAUCCAACACUAUUUUUCUAUUUAAAUCAAAUGAAAUCAACACAAUCACCAUACUUCAAAAAUGGAGAUAAAAUAACUAUUCAUUCACCACUCCACAAAAAGAAAAAUGGAUACAAUGAAUUCUUAAACACAAUCUCAACACUUUAUGUAAACCACUCAUUUAAUAUCAAUUUUAAAUCACAGUUAAAUCAAAACCAAAACAAUUUUAUUCAGAAAGCAUUAAACAAACUUCCAUUAUAUCAAUGGGAUGAUAAAAUGUAUUUCAAACAAAAUUCAACAUUUGUUAAGACCAUAAAUGAAGGACCACCAAUUCAACAUCUAGGUGUUACAAAUGAAUCACCUUCCAAAUCAUAUCAAACAUAUAUUGAUUCUAAAAAACAACCAUUCCAAUGGCUAAAAGGACAUCAAGUAAAAGGCAAAUUCUACUUCCCCGGGUGUGGAUAUAUCAUGAAUUUAUUACAAAUCUAUCCAAAUCAAGAUAUCACAAUCAGUUCAAUCGAAUUUAAAACACCAUUAGUUUUACAAGAUGAUGUUAAUCAAUGUCUACAAACAACAAUUAAUACUCUUUCAAAAAAUGAAUACAAUGUCAAAUCACACUUUAAAGAUACCACUACAAAUCAAUGGGUAUUGUGUUCCAAUGGUAACUUUAGUUUAUUCAAACAUGGUAACGAAAUAGACCGAGUCAAUAUUGAUGAAAUAAGAAAUAGUUGCAACUUUACCAAACUAUCAAAAUCAGAGGUUUACGAUUCAAUAAAAAACCAAACUGGAUUAAUAUACAAAGGUUUAUUCCAAGGUGUCAAAGAAUGCUAUAUUGGUGAUAACUGUUCUCUAUCGAUUGUAUCAUUAAAUGAAAUUCAAAAUCAAAAUGAAUUUAAUCAUUUACUCAAUAACGAUACAAUGAAAUCAUUCUUUAAUACUGCAAUACUUGAUACAUGUUUACAUGGAAUGUUAAGUUUUAUCAAACAUCAAAGCCAAAUUGUAUUAGAAAAAAUGGAAGGAUUUAAAUACUACUCUUCAAACAUACCAUCACUAAACAAUCAGCAACAUUCUGAAAUAUAUGUAUAUUGUGAAAUGAAAUCAAGAAUCAAUUUAAACUCAUACUAUGGAACCAUUAAAAUAAUGUUAAAUGAUGGAACAUUAUUAAUUGAAAUCACAAAUGUUAUUUGUACAUCCCUUAUACCAAUCAUUGACAAUACCACUAUUAUUCCACCACCAUCCAAUGAAAUCUAUCUACCAAUUCAACAAUCAAAAGACUCUAUCAUUAAUAAACCACAAUCAUUCAAACACUUGUGUCAAUUAGAAGAAUUGAGGGUAGAUGAACAUUAUUUACAAAAUGAAUCAAAAGAACGUUUAUUAUCCUUAUUUUACUAUCGUAUUAAUCAAAGACGUCCAUCUAUCAACAGGGAAACAUUAUCAACAAUGGAUUAUGAUCAAUUCAAACAACUCUACCAUAAAAAUGGGGUAAAUGAAAAUUAUUUUUUCUUUAUUUUCGAAAUUUUAAAACAAUAUAAUAGUUUAGGUAUCAAUAAACAAUUAAAUGAAUACAAUGAUGAUGAUGGUGAUAAAAAUAUCAAGUUUUUAGAAAAAACAACAUCAGUUACUGCAAAACUAAUAUUCCCAUUAGAAGAUGAUGAUCCAAACAUUGACGCCCCUCAAUCAUUAUUUGAAGAUGGAUUAAUGGAUCACUUUUAUCACAAAUCAAAAUUUCUUAUUCCAAUAAACAAUUUAUUAGGUGAUAUUGUUUCAGAAUCAAUUAAACCAAUUAUUAAUGAACCAAUAGUAUUCAGAAUCUUAGAAUUUGGAGGUGGGGUCGGUUCAUUAUCAAUUUUGGUAUUAAAUAAAAUCAACAAACUAUUAAAUGAUAAUCCAGCAUCAAGUAUCGAUAUAGAAUACACAUGGAGUGAUAUUUCAGCAUCAUUUUUUAUUGACAUUAAAGAAAAGCUUUCAAACAUCAAAGAUGUAAAUAUAAUCUAUCGUACUCUGGAUUUAGACAAAUCAUUAAAAGAGCAAGAUUUAAAAGCAUCUUAUUACGAUAUGAUUAUUAUGUCAAAUGUAUUACAUGUCGUAAAACAGCUUAGAUUCAGUUUAAAUGAAAUUCAUAAUAUUUUAACACCAAAUGGUCAAAUUGUUUUUAUCGAACCACCAUACAGGUCAUUAUAUCUUGAUUCAAUAUUCGGUGUAUUCCCACAAUGGUGGCCAUCACCAGAAGAUAUCGACCUUAGAAUAGAUAGAAGCUGUAUGAAACAAGAAAGUUGGUUCAAAUUACUAAACGAAUGCAAUUAUAAAGAUACAACAAUAUCUGGAAAUGAUAAAGCAUCAUUUUUAAUUCAAACAAGAAAACCAAAUAUAAAAGAAAUGGUAUUAUCAAAUAUUGAAUCAAUGAAACAAUUUACAUUACAUGAUAAUAUUGUAUUAUUUGGAAAGAGUAGAUUUGGAACACAAAUUCACCAAUCAUUCAAAUCAAAUCAACUAUUAAUUUCAAAAAUAAUCCAAAUCGAUAACUUUAAUGAACUUAACAACUGGGUUUUUAAAUCAAUCGAUUCCAUAAGACAAAGUAAAACAUUAAUAAUUUUUAUGAAAGCAAUCGAUCCAUUGGAUAUCAACAAUUUUAAAGAAACUACUUUAGAAUUUAUUCAAAUUAAUCAAAUGUUACUUCAACAUGAAAUUGAAAACUUUUUCAAACAUGUUUUAAUAUUAUUAAAUUCAACAACAAACAACUAUUUAUCAUCAUCACUCAAUGGAUCUGCAAGAUAUUUCGCAGAAUUCCCACAGUUAGAUCUAUAUUCAUUAGAUUUCGAUAAUAUUUCAAUUCAAAAUGAAAAUAUACUAUCACUUUUCGAUAUAUUAAUAAAUCCAACAACCAAUAUUCAAAGAGAAUUCACAAUUAAAAACAACAUAGUAUAUUAUGAAAGAUAUAAAAAACAAACAAAAAUUAAACAAACAUUUACAUCAAACUCAUUCGAAACAAAUAAAGAUAAUUUAAUGAUUCAACUUGAUCCAAACUUAGAAUAUGUAUUAAAAACUAAAAAACAAGAAUUAAAACCAAAUGAAAUCGAAAUCGAAGUUAAAGCCACCGGUAUCAAUUAUAAAGACUAUCUAAUGUAUAUUGGUCAAGUAUCAAAUAAUUUUGAUAUAAAAUUUGGUAAAGAAGAAGAAGUUGAAAAGGUAUUAAAUCAAUUGCCAAAUAUUGGAAAUGACUUUAGUGGUAUCAUUACUCGUUGCGGUAACGAAGUAAAGAAAUUAAAAAUUGGAAAUGAAGUAUUUGGGGUCGCUUCCAAAACUAGUGGAUCACAUAUUAUAAUCGAUUACAGAUUUGUUUAUUACAAACCAACAAAUAUCUCACAUAUACAAGCAGCCUCUAUUCCAUCAGUUUAUGUUACAUCAUUACACAGUAUAUACAAUACUGGUAAUUUACAAACAGAUCAAACCAUUUUAAUUCACUCAGCAGCAGGAGGUGUCGGUCUUUCAUCAUUGGAGCUAUUAAAGUGUAAACAACACAAAGGUUAUAUAUUUUUAACAGUUGGUUCAAAAGAUAAAGAAGAAUACUUGAUCAAUAAAUAUGGAUCAUUUAUUACUGGUAUUUAUUCAUCAAGAAAUAAAAACUAUGUCCAUCAAAUUAAAAACAAAUUAAAACAAUUACAAUGUGACCAAGAUCAUCAAGGUGUAGAUUUAAUAUUAAACACAUUAUCAUCAGAAUUUAUGGAUUCAAAUUUCCAAUGUUUAAAUAUUUCUGGAAGAAUUGUAGAUCUUUCAAUUACACAUUUAACACCAAAUGAUUAUAUGACAAACAAUCACUUUAAAUACAACUAUGGAUAUAAUAAUGUGGAACUUAUUGAAUUUUCGGGAUCAUUAUUUAAAAAUUUAUUUAAAAAAGUAGUCAAAUUGUUUAUUUCAAAUAAAUUAGAACUAAUUCCAAUCAUUGAAUUUUCUAAUGAUCAAUUUAAAGAUGCAAUAGAAUAUAUUAAUGAAAGACAACAUAUUGGUAAAAUCGUUGUAAAUCAUGAUGUAGAUAUAUUAUCAAGAGUAUAUAGUGAACAGAAACAAAGUAAUUCAAUUAUCAUGAAGAAAAGCUAUGACAUAUCUAGAUUAGAUAUCGGUAAAAACAUUUUAGUAACAGGUCAAACAGGUAUUAUAUUAGAAAUUGUAAAAUGGCUUGUUAAAUACUCAAACAAAUCAAUCGAUAAUAUAAUAAUUUUAUCAAAAUCACCAUUAAAAUGGGAAUUAGAACUAUUAAUCAAUCAAACUAAACAUCAAAAAGAUAAUACAAUUAAUUUCCACUUUAAUCAAAUCGAUAUCGAAGAUAGCAAUAAAGUUCAUAAUGUAUUAAACAAUCUAGAAUCAAAAUCAAACAUUUCAAACAUCGAUACAGUUAUACACUUUGCAUUUAUAAAUGAGAUUAAUAGUGUUAAAGAUAUUGAUAUAAAUGGUUUAAAUACCACUCAUGGUCCAAAAACAAUUGGUGCAAUCAAUUUACACAAUGAAUCAAUUCAACGUUCAUGGAAACUAAAACAAUUUAUAAUGGCAUCAUCUGCUGUUACAAUUUUAGGAUCAGAUAGACAAUGCUGUUACAUUAGUGCUUGCAAUACAAUCGACUCGUUAUCAAAAUACAGAAAAUCAAUUGGACAACCAUCACUAUCAAUAAAUUUAGGAGCAAUAUCAUCAUCUGGUUAUGUUUCGAGAAAUGAUGCAAUAGAAACAAUGUUUCAUAGUUCGUAUUUAAUAAUUAUAUCACCACAACUAAUUUUAAGCUCAUUGGAUCUCUUCAUUCAAGAUAAAAAUAACUAUUCAAACUAUUGUUUGUGUAAUUUUAAUUUUGAAAAUAUUAUAUCUCUAAAACCAAAUCAUAAUUAUUCUAAACUUGACUAUCUAUCAAAUAUGGUCAAAAAAUCACAUAUAAUAUUAGAAGGUGGAAGUAGCGAAGAAAAUUUAAAAAUUAAAAUUAUAAAUAAGAUAUCAGAAUUACUUUCAAUUGAUGAGUCAAAAAUCAACUUGGAAUUCCAUUUAACCCAGUAUGGUCUCGAUAGUUUAGUUAUUGUUCAAUUAAAGAACUGGAUAGAUAAACAAAUAGGUAUAAAUAUAAUUACAAUACAACAAUUACAAGCCAAUAAAUCUUUAAAUAGUUGUUUCAUCACCUGUAUAAAGAAUUAA